AUGCGGCAAUCAUCAGAAGCUAUGCUCGACGAUCUCUUUGAGGGUUACGAUGAGCAAGGCUUCCUCUCCGAGGGCCUACCACUGGCCAGACUCACAAACCCUUAUUACAACGUCUGGGAAGAUCUAUCCGACCAACUUCCGGAUCUCAUUCAGACAAACCAGAUCCGUGAGAAGAUCGACCUCCUGCCAAUCUGCUCAACCAAUUAUCUCCAAACAGAGCCAGAAUGGCGUCGGGCAUGUGUCAUCAUGGGAUAUCUAGCACAUGCCUAUAUCUGGGGAGGAGAGACUCCAAAAGAUAGACUCCCCCCUCAAAUCUCCAAGCCCUUCCUGGAGAUUUCAUCCCAUCUCGAACUCCCAGCCUGCGCAACCUACGCAGGCCUCACACUCUGGAACUACAAACCCACCCACCCAGGCUCAGACAUCACAGACCCGGACAAUCUCCACGUGCAGACCUCCUUCACCGGCACAAAAGACGAAGAGUGGUUCAUGGUCAUUUCCGUCGCGGUCGAAGCCAAAGGUGUCGGGCUGAUCUCGCUGAUGCGGGAUGCUAUCAAGGCAGUGGCUGCUAACGACGCAGAUCUCCUCACGGCCCUGUUGUGCAGGUUUGCAGACGGUCUGAGCGAUCUGACACUAACCCUCAAGAGGAUGUACGAGCAUAACCGACCUGCUGUGUUCUUCCAUCAGCUAAGGCCGUUUUUGGCUGGGAGUAAGAAUAUGGGUCAUGCUGGUCUGCCGAAGGGUGUGUACUAUGACCUUGGGGAUGGGGUUGAAAGACCCGGAAAUUGGUUGCAGUUGAGUGGUGGGAGUAAUGCUCAGAGCUCUCUGAUUCAGGCGCUUGAUAUCUUCCUUGGUAUCACGCAUUCUGCUACGGAUGGGAAGCAGACUUCCGGUCCUAGUUUCAUUCAGCAAAUGAGAGACUACAUGCCUGGUCCCCAUCGACGCUUUCUCGAAGCUCUGACCCCUCAGGCUAAUGUGCGUCCGUUCGUUGUUGAGUCGACAAAUCAGGCUCUUAAGGAUGCCUACAAUGCAGCUGUGAACGAACUGAAGAACUUCCGAGACACACAUAUCCAGAUGGUGACCCGGUACAUCGUCAUGGCAGCGAGGCAGCCCAACCCAGCUGAAGAGGGCAAAUGCAAGAUGAAUCUAGCCACAGUCAGUUCGCAGGUACAGGAUGUAGAUGCGAAGACUGGGCUCGCUGGCACUGGUGGCACCGACUUGAUACCAUUUCUCAAGAAGACCAGAGAUACGGUUCAAGACGCCAAGUGCUAG